ACACACACACACACACACACACACACACAGCUCAGUGUGAAGGAGGCUCGCGACCAACGGUUACCACUUAACGCCAACGCACUACCGUUAACCGGGAGGAUAACCGGAGAACUACAGAAGCGACCGGAGCUAACGGCCGACGUAAAGCGUCCUAUGAUGGAGGAGCUCCAUGACGUCCAGCUGACUGAGAUCAAACCUCUCCUGACGGGACAGAACGGGAGAAAUCUGCAGGACUUUGACUGUCAGGAACACGAUGUGGAGACGGCCCACGGCGUGCUGCACGUUACCAUGAGGGGCGUUGCUAAGGGCAACCAACCCACCAUCCUCACCUACCAUGACGUCGGACUAAACCAUAAGUCUUGCUUUAACAGCCUGUUUAACUACGAGGACAUGCAGGAAGUGACACAGCAUUUCUCAGUCCUGCAUGUUGACGCUCCAGGACAACAGGAGAACGCUCCUGUAUUCCCCACCGGGUACCAGUACCCCUCCAUGGAUGAGCUGGCGGAGAUGCUGCCGUCUGUCCUGACUCAGCUUCAAGUGAAGACUGUGAUUGGUAUCGGCGUUGGAGCUGGAGCCUACAUCCUCACCAAACUGGCGCUGAAUGAGCCAGCUCUGGUGGAGGCUUUAGUUCUCAUCAACAUCGACCCCUGUGCUAAAGGCUGGGUGGACUGGGCUGCUUCUAAGCUGAGCGGCUGGACCAGCAGCCUGGUGGACACCAUCAUGGGACACCACUUCAGCGCUGACGAGUUGACAGACAACAUGGAGAUCGUUCAGACCUACAGGCUCCACAUCUCUCAGGACGUCCCGCAGGAGAACUUGGCCAUGUUCUACAACAGCUACGACAGUCGUACUGAGUUGCAGAUAGAGCGUCCUCUCCCUGGUCUGAAUGAAAACUCCGUCAACACCCUCAGGUGUCCCGCUCUGCUGGUGGUUGGAGACACGUCGCCUGCUGUUGAUGUCGUGGUGGAGUGUAACUCCAGACUGAACCCCACCAAGACCACCCUGCUCAAGAUGGCCGACUGUGGAGGACUUCCUCAGGUGGUGCAGCCGGGGAAGCUGGCCGAGGCCUUCAAGUAUUUUGUCCAGGGGAUGAGCUACAUGCCCACAGUUGGUAUGACCCGGCUGGUUCGCUCCAGGACUCACUCGGCCUCCAGCGUGGGCUCCACGGAGGGCGCGCGGAGCCGCAGUUCCACCACCGCGCUGCCAGAGGGCGCCACCAGCGCUACGCUAACAGCCGCCGGACGCACCAUCCAGAUGACAGCAUAGGAACACUAUGCUCUGGACUGUUGUUGACGGCCGUGUUGGUUGAUAAGAAGCUGAAGUCACACUAAGUGUAGAUGGACCUUCCUGCUGCUCCCGCCCUGACCGUCCGACAGAACAGCUGUUAUUUAAACUUCACACGUUCUCAUUGGAGGACCCAGACUUCAGGGCUCAAACCAGAGAGAAAAGCUUGUACUCUGCUGUCUGUUGAUCAGCGCUCCUCCAGACGAACCUGAACAACAGGCGACUAGCAGCAGCUUCAGAGGGAACCGAGCCGAUAGAAAAGACUAACACCUGUCUCUGUCCUCGGGGCUCCGUAUCUCCGUUCCUAAAGGUUUCAUACCUGAACUCGAUACUGCUUCCUGAACGAUACCUUUUUUCCAAUUCAAUUUUAUAAAAAUCUAUUUUAACACAAAGAAAGUAAACAUUAGACAUUACGGUACAAAUCUCUUCUUUUCCAGCUGCUUAGUUACCUGUGAGAGAAACCUGAGAGUUGACGUGGCCCACAACUAGAUCUGAUGUCAAACAGCCCAAAUAUCUCUUCAGUUAGUCGCCCACGUGGGAAACUUUUCCUCCACGUAAAACCUGAAAAAUCUCCUACAAGUUUCUCUGUGAAGGUCAGGUUCCUGUCGGCUGUUUCAGGCCUCAGAGGGAACGUUAGUGAUUUGAAAUCGGUCAUUUGAAGGUGACUUCAACAUCUGCCUUGGCCGGGGAUCCUGCAGGCGAGCCGUCACCUCGUCUGUUCCUGUUCCUGCACACGACAUUCAGUCCCUCCAGAAAAACGUGAUUAUGCGAUCGCGUAAUCAGCGUAUUUUUCAAAUAUGCCGCACUUUCGCCGCAUAAAUUGCUGAUUUCCGUGCAAAAUAUGCCAGGCUUGCAUGAUUUCAUAAUCCCGCAUUUUUGUUGCAAUAAAGUCCCGUAAUAUAUCUCAGCAUCAGGAAUCACCUUUUUUCCUCUUUUUCAUCAAACCGCAGUUUUUUGCAAGUUCCCGCAAUUUCAUUGCAUAAAUAUCAUAU